AUGACGUUUUCCCGGGAAAUACUGGUUCUUCUGUUGAUCUUGACUAGUUUCCUUGAUGCUGAAGCUACGACAACCCCGUCUGAACCAACUACUUCAGAUUACCAACAUUCAACAGAAACAUCAACAUUUCCAACAACUUCAACAACGUCCUCAAAUGAUACAUCGCCAUCUUCAACCAAUGCGAUGUCAUCAACAGCGGAUACAACACCGUCUUCAUCAACUCCGUGGACGUCUUCAACAGAAACACAACCGUCUUCAACCAAUGCGAUGUCAUCAACAGCUGAUACAACACCAACUUCAUCAACUCCUUGGUCGUCUUCAACAGGAACACAACCGUCUUCAACCAAUGUGAUGUCAUCAUCAGCUGAUACAGCACCGUCUUCAUCAACUCCGUGGACGUCUUCAACAGAAACACAACCGUCUUCAACCAAUGUGAUAUCAUCAACAGCGGAUACAACACCGUCUUCAUCAACACCUUGGUCGUCUUCAACAGAAACACAACCGUCUUCAACCAAUGUAAUGUCAUCAACAGCGGAUACAACACCGUCUUCAUCAACUCCUUGGUCGUCUUCCUUAGGAACACAACCGUCCUCAACCAAUGCGAUGUCAUCAACAUCGGAUACAACACCGUCUUCAUCAACUCCUUGGUCGUCUUCCUUAGGAACACAACCGUCCUCAACCAAUGCGAUGUCAUCAACAUCGGAUACAACACCGUCUUCAUCAACUCCUUGGUCGUCUUCCUUAGGAACACAACCGUCUUCAACCAAUGUGAUGUCAUCAACAGCUGAUACAACACCGUCUUCAGCAACUCCUUGGUCGGCUUCAACAGAAACACAACCGUCUUCAACAAAUGUGAUGUCAUCAACAGCGGAUACAACACCGUCUUCAUCAACACCUUGGUCGUCUUCAACAGAAACACAACCGUCUUCAACAAAUAUUAUGUCAUCAACAGCGGAUACAACACCGUCUUCAUCAACACCUUGGUCGUCUUCAACAGAAACACAACCGUCUUCAACCAGUGUGAUGUCAUCAACAGCGGAUACAACACCGUCUUCAUCAACUCCCUGGUCGUCUUCCUCAGGAACACAACCGUCUUCAACCGAUGUGAUGUCAUCAACAGCGGAUACAACACCGUCUUCAUCAACACCUUGGUCGUCUACAACAGAAACACAACCGUCUUCAACCAAUGUAAUGUCAUCAACAGCGGAUACAACACCGUCUUCAUCAACUCAUUGGUCGUCUUCAACUGAAACACAACCGUCUUCAACCAAUGUGAUGUCAUCAACAGCGGAUACAACACCGGCUUCAGCAACUCCUUGGUCUUCUUCCUCAGGAACACAACCGUCUUCAACCAAUGUGAUGUCAUCAACAGCGCAUACAACACCGUCUUCAUCAACACCUUGGUCGUCUUCCUCAGGAACACAACCGUCUUCAACCAAUGUGAUGUCAUCAACAGCGGAUACAACACCGUCUUCAUCAACUCCUUGGUCGUCUACAACAGAAACACAACCGUCUUCAACAAAUGUGAUGUCAUCAACAGCUGAUACAACACCUUCUUCAUCAAAUCCUUGGUCGUCUUCCUCAGGAACACAACCGUCUUCAACCAAUGUGAUGUCAUCAACAGCGGAUACAACACCGUCUUCAUCAACUCCCUGGUCGUCUUCCUCAGGAACACAACCGUCUUCAACCAAUGUGAUGUCAUCAACAGCGGAUACAACACCGUCUUCAUCAACACCUUGGUCGUCUACAACAGAAACACAACCGUCUUCAACCAAUGUGAUGUCAUCAACAGCGGAUACAACACCGUCUUCAUCAACUCAUUGGUCGUCUUCCUUAGGAACACAACCGUCUUCAACCAAUGUAAUGUCAUCAACAGCGGAUACAACACCGGCUUCAUCAACUCAUUGGUCGUCUUCAACUGAAACACAACCGUCUUCAACCAAUGUGAUGUCAUCAACAGCGGAUACAACACCGUCUUCAUCAACUCCGUGGACGUCUUCAACAGAAACACAACCGUCUUCAACCAAUAUGAUGUCAUCAACAGCGGAUUCAACACCGUCUUCAUCAACACCUUGGUCGUCUACAACAGAAACACAACCGUCUUCAACAAAUGUGAUGUCUUCAACAGCGGAUACAACACCGUCUUCAUCAACUCCUUGGUCGUCUUCCUCAGGAACACAACCGUCUUCAACCAAUAUGAUAUCAUCAACAGCGGAUACAACACCGUCUUCAUCAACACCUUGGUCGUCUACAACAGAAACACAACCGUCUUCAACCAAUGUGAUGUCAUCAACAGCUGAUACAACACCGUCUUCAUCAACUCCUUGGUCGUCUUCCUCAGGAACACAACCGUCUUCAACCAAUAUGAUGUCAUCAACAGCGGAUACAACACCGUCUUCAUCAACACCUUGGUCGUCUUCCUCAGGAACACAACAGUCUUCAACCAAUAUGAUGUCAUCAACAGCGGAUACAACACCGUCUUCAUCAACUCCUUGGUCGGCUUCAACAGAAACACAACCGUCUUCAACAAAUGUGAUGACAUCAACAGCGGAUACAACACCGUCUUCAUCAACACCUUGGUCGUCUUCCUCAGGAACACAACAGUCUUCAACAAAUAUGAUGUCAUCAACAGCUGAUACAACACCGUCUUCAUCAACACCUUGGUCGACUUCAACAGAAACACAAACACAACCGUCUUCAACUAAUGAGAUGUCAUCAACAGCGGAUACAACACCGUCUUCAUCAACACCUUGGUCGUCUUCAACAGAAACACAACCGUCUUCAACCAAUGUGAUGUCAUCAACAGCGGAUACAACACCGUCUUCAUCAACUCCUUGGUCGUCUUCAACAGAAACACAACCGUCUUCAACCAAUGUGAUGUCAUCAACAGCGGAUACAACACCGUCUUCAUCAACACCUUGGUCGUCUUCAACUGAAACACAACCGUCUUCAACCAAUGUGAUGUCAUCAACAGCGGAUACAACACCGUCUUCAUCAACUCCUUGGUCGUCUUCCUCAGUAACACAACCGUCUUCAACCAAUAUGAUGUCAUCAACAGCGGAUUCAACACCGUCUUCAUCAACACCUUGGUCGUCUUCAACUGAAACACAACCGUCUUCAACCAAUGUGAUGUCAUCAACAGCGGAUACAACACCGUCUUCAUCAACUCCUUGGUCGUCUUCCUCAGUAACACAACCGUCUUCAACCAAUAUGAUGUCAUCAACAGCGGAUACAACACCGUCUUCAUCAACACCUUGGUCGUCUUCCUCAGGAACACAACAGUCUUCAACCAAUGCGAUGUCAUCAACAGCGGAUACAACACCGUCUUUAUCAACUCCUUGGUCGGCUUCAACAGAAACACAACCGUCUUCAACAAAUGUGAUGACAUCAACAGCGGAUACAACACCGUCUUCAUCAACACCUUGGUCGUCUUCCUCAGGAACACAACAGUCUUCAACAAAUAUGAUGUCAUCAACAGCUGAUACAACACCGUCUUCAUCAACACCUUGGUCGACUUCAACAGAAACACAAACACAACCGUCUUCAACUAAUGUGAUGUCAUCAACAGCGGAUUCAACACCGUCUUCAUCAACACCUUGGUCGUCUUCAACUGAAACACAACCGUCUUCAACCAAUAUGAUGUCAUCAACAGCGGAUACAACACCGUCUUCAUCAACUCCUUGGUCGUCUUCAACAGAAACACAACCGUCUUCAACCAAUGUGAUGUCAUCAACAGCGGAUACAACACCGUCUUCAUCAACACCUUGGUCGUCUUCAACUGAAACACAACCGUCUUCAACCAAUGUGUUGUCAUCAACAGCGAAUACAACACCGUCUUCAUCAACACCUUGGUCGUCAUCAACAGAAACACAUCCGUCUUCAACCAAUGUGAUGUCAUCAACAGCGGAUACAACACCGUCUUCAUCAACACCUUGGUCGUCUUCAACAGAAACACAACCGUCUUCAACCAAUGUGAUGUCAUCAACAGCUGAUACAACACCGUCUUCAUCAACACCUUGGUCGUCUUCCUCAGGAACACAACCGUCUUCAACCAAUGUGAUGUCAUCAACAGCGGAUACAACACCGUCUUCAUCAACACCUUGGUCGUCUACAACAGAAACACAACCGUCUUCAACCAAUGUGAUGUCAUCAACAGCGGAUACAACACCGUCUUCAUCAACACCUUGGUCGUCCACAACAGAAACACAACCGUCUUCAACCAAUGUGAUGUCAUCAACAGCGGAUACAACACCGUCUUCAUCAACACCUUGGUCGUCUUCCUCAGGAACACAACCAUCUUCAACAAAUGUGAUGUCAUCAACAGCUGAUACAACACCAUCUUUACCAUCAACCACUUCCGCUACAAUCCCAUCAUCCACUACUUCAUCUAUCCCAUCAGCCACUUCCGCUACAAUCCCAUCAUCCACUACUUCUUCUAUACCAUCAUCCACUUCCGCGACAGUCCCUUCUACAACUACCACUACAAUCCCAUCAACCACUACCGCUACAGUCCCUUCCAUAACUACCACUACAAUCCCAUCAACCACUUCCGCUACAGUCCCUUCCACAACUACCACUACAAUCCCAUCAACCACUUCUGCUACAGUCCCUUCCACAACUACCACUACAAUCCUAUCAACCACUUCCGCUACAGUCCCUUCCACAACUUCCACUACAAUUCCAUCAACCACUUCCGCUACAGUCCCUUCCACAACUACCACUACAAUCCCAUCAACCACUUCCGCUACAGUCCCUUCCACAACUACCACUACAAUCCCAUCAACUACUUCCGCUACAGUCCCUUCCACAACUACCACUACAAUCCCAUCAACCACUUCCGCUACAGUCCCUUCAUCAACUACCACUACAAUCCCAUCAACCACUUCCGCUACAGUCCCUUCAUCAACUACCACUACAAUCCCAUCAACCACUUCCGCUACAGUCCCUUCCACAACUACCACUACUAUCCCAUCAACCACUUCCGCUACAGUCCCUUCCACAACUACCACUACAAUCCCAUCAACCACUUCCGCUACAGUCCCUUCCACAACUACCACUACAAUCCCAUCAACCACUUCCGCUACAGUCCCUUCCACAACUACCACUACAAUCCCAUCAACCACUUCCGCUACAGUCCCUUCCACAACUACCACUACAAUCCCAUCGACUACUUCCGCUACAGUCCCUUCCACAACUACCACUACAAUCCCAUCAACCACUUCCGUUACAGUCCCUUCCACAACUACCACUACAAUCCCAUCGACCACUUCCGCUACAGUCCCUUCCACAACUACCACUACAAUUCCAUCAACCACUUCCGCUACAGUCCCUUCCACAACUACCACUACUAUCCCAUCAACCACUUCCGCUACAGUCCCUUCCACAACUACCACUACAAUCCCAUCAACCACUUCCGUUACAGUCCCUUCCACAACUACCACUACAAUCCCAUCAACCACUUCCGCUACAGUCCCUUCCACAACUACCACUACAAUUCCAUCAACCACUUCCGCUACAGUCCCUUCCACAACUACCACUACAAUCCCAUCAACCACUUCCGCUACAGUCCCUUCCACAACUACCACUACAAUCCCAUCAACCACAUCCGUUACUGUCCCUUCCACAACUACCACUACAAUCCCAUCGACCACUUCCGCUACAGUCCCUUCCACAACUACCACUACAAUUCCAUCAACCACUUCCGCUACAGUCCCUUCCACAACUACCACUACUAUCCCAUCAACCACUUCCGCUACAGUCCCUUCCACAACUACCACUACAAUCCCAUCAACCACUUCCGUUACAGUCCCUUCCACAACUACCACUACAAUCCCAUCAACCACUUCCGCUACAGUCCCUUCCACAACUACCACUACAAUUCCAUCAACCACUUCCGCUACAGUCCCUUCCACAACUACCACUACAAUCCCAUCAACCACUUCCGCUACAGUCCCUUCCACAACUACCACUACAAUCCCAUCAACCACAUCCGUUACUGUCCCUUCCACAACUACCACUAUAAUCCCAUCAACUACUUCCGCUACAGUCCCUUCCACAACUUCCACUACAGUCCCAUCCACAACUACCACUACAAUCCCGCCAACUACCACUUCAACUACAACACUACCCACUACAACAACGACCGUCACACCUCCCACUGUUCGGCUAGUAGAUGGAUACUCAGCCCUUUCUGGUCGUGUGGAAGUGAUCAAAAACAACACGUGGGGUACAGUGUGUGACAACGGCUGGGAUAACAACGACGCUAAAGUUGUCUGUGGGGCAUUGGGUUACAAUUCUGGAGCCGCUCUCAAACACGCUGUUUUCGGAGAAGGAAGUGGUGUGGUGUGGAUGUCUGACGUUAACUGCACUGGAAACGAACUUUUUAUAGAAAACUGUAACUUCAAUGGUUGGGGAGCUUCAUGCAACCACAGUCAAGAUGCGGGAGUUAUUUGCUAUGACGAAGCUGGCACAAGCGACCUUACAGUUAGGCUCGGGGAUUCGGAUCGCGUUGAGGUGUACUACAGCGGCCAAUGGGGCUACAUUGGCGGAUCGUCCUGGGGCGAUGACGAUGCAAAUGUCGUCUGUACCAUGCUAAACUUCAAUUCGGGGACGGCGCACACGUUUGAUCACUUUCACGGACUGAACAACCGGACCCAGCCGACAUGGAUGGACAACGUUCAGUGCGUUGGAUCAGAGUCCUCCAUUGUAAACUGUCCGUUUGACGGAUGGGGUGUGAUCGUUUCUGCUUAUAACGAAACCUACCAGAAUACAGCGGCAGUCACGUGCUCUUCUGAGCCGGACCUUAGUAAUGGCGCUACCAAUAUGAAAUUCGCUCCGAUUUGGGACAAAAUACUUCUUGGAUUUUUCAUUUUGUUUUACUCCACACCAUCGAGACUGAUUUUGUAA